GAAUGCUUUGAAUUUUAUUUUUGGAUUGCUUUCCGCCAGGUGACACUGGUACAACAGUCUUUCCGCACCCCUAAGGUGCAGUAAUGGGAAUGUCCAGGAGUCGGCGCUAUGACCCAGCGAAGGGUGGCACAUUCCCAACGGUUGAAGUUGUUUUUGAAUGUGUGUCACGUGAGAGGGGCUGCGCUCACAUGACUGUCCGCGCGGCAGCUUAAAGCGGAGCCGAGCCAGGAGUGUCUACUCAGGCCGGAGAUGGCGGUGCUAAGGGGGUUAGCAAUGUUGCUGCCACAACCGGGGUUCCGGUUUCUCCUCGCCGGGUUGUUGCUGUUCCUCGGGCGCGGCUCCGCGCUCUCUCUUCAGGAAGAGAGCUCACCGUUCGGCUCCCUCUGGCCAUUACCCCAGAAACUCAAUAUCGAGGCCGAGCUUUACCGGUUGAGCCCCGCGACUUUUCAGAUCGUCCACUCGCCCCAGUCCUCCGCCUCAGUCGGUUGCUCCAUCCUGGACAACGCUUUCCGCCGGUAUUUCUACUACAUCUUCGGCAGCUCGACCGAGAGAGAUCAGCCGGCUGCUGCUGGUGGUGGCAGUGGCGGCAACGUCGAUGAGUUGAGCCAGCUACAAGUCAUUAUCACCGCCAGUGACCCCGAGUGUAACCAACACCCCAGCGUCACUUCUGUCGAAACCUAUGAGAUUGUUGUUACUCAACCAGUAGCUAUUCUGAAAUCUGAAAACGUAUGGGGUGCACUGCGAGGGCUAGAGACCUUCAGCCAAUUGGUGUAUGAAGAUCAAUAUGAUACUGUAGCAGAAAGAAACUUUAUGGUGACUGAGUUUCUGGUCAGGAACUGGUAUGUAGUGAUUAGUAACAUGUUGCUUGCAGGCCUCCAUCUUUCCCAGCAUUCCCUAACCUCUCAGGCCAUGCUCCAUAAAUAACCACUUGCAUCUUCUGCAGAAGUUGGCAUUGGGCACAUACUAGCCUUGCCAUACUUCAUUGCUGCACUUCAGAGCACUCUGACACCUUUCAUUGUAAUCCUGCUGUUGGCCACACGUCUUGCAUCUUGGAGCUCUUGGCUUGUACUCGUGCUGCUUACUCACUUGUCCAUCUGUUUUGAAUACUUACAAUGUGUCUUGGCUUUUG